GCGUUUGUUCAAGAAUCCCAAGGCUUUUAGAACCAGUCGGAAGAUCGGGUUCGGAGGGAAUUAGCCAAUGGCAGGCGAGCGCAUUGUAUGCAGUGUGGGAUGAGAUGGCGGGCAGGGGUUCUCGUGUUCUGUUCCCUCUUGUGAGACACGACAUUGUGGCUCUAGAAAGUGCAGCGAGGGGCUCUGGACUGGGCAAUGUCCCAAGUGGGUUUUGAAGGUGGGCGCUAAUGAACUGUGCUAGCAAUCCCGGCCAUGGACUGACAUCAUGCACAAGCAGCGAGCAGUCUGUUUGUUUGCGAUUUGUGGUGGUAGUGGUGACGAGUUUUGUCCACCUAGAUUCUCUGAAACAAGCUCACUGUCGCAGAACGCCUGCACAGCCUGCCGUUUCUUGCUAUUCCAUGGCGGCUGCUUUGUCCCCCGGAUGUGCUGCAUUCGCGGCUGGAGCCAGGCUUGACAAGUGCCAGAGCCACGCUGGAAACCCGAACCCUUUGUUUAGCAAACCAGCAGUAGUUUCGCACGGAAAGCUCCCUGGCUUCUCUCGAAAUCAUCGUGGCAGUGAAGGCCUGGGUUACACGUCCCAACGGCUACUUCCCUUUCGAUAUAAGCCUAAUCCGUCUUCCUGCCGCCAAGUAUGUUCUCGCCGUCAAGUACUCGCGCAGUCGGCGUCGACCGCACCUGUGGUAACCACCACGCCUGGUCAGACAGAGCGCGUGUUACACGAGCUGCCGUCUGGUUACAAAAUGGAGGUCCUGAUCCGACUAGCAGACUUAGAUGCGAAAGUUGUGUCGGCGAAUGCGGAGCAGCAGUUACCGCCAUUGGUGUUUAUCCAUGGGAGUUAUCAUGCUGCGUGGUGUUGGGAUGAUAAGUGGAUGCCGUAUUUGUCGGCUCUGGGAUUCGACUGCUUCGCUAUAAGCAUCCUCGGUCAGGGUGGGAGCAACGUGCCGAACGCUCCCGUGGCCGGGACCAUUCAGUCCCACGCUGCUGACGUGUCAAACGUUAUCCGUCAGCUCGUUGGCCGGCCUCCGGUCCUAGUUGGACACUCGUUCGGCGGGCUGAUAGUUCAGGCGUAUCUUGCCGACGUGGCGAAGGACUGGGAGAGCAGCAAGGAUGAGGGAACCCCCUUCGCCCCUCUAACGGGGGCUGUGCUGGCCUGCUCCGUGCCGCCCACUGGCAACAUGGAGCUGGUGAAGCGCUACAUGCGCACGCGCCCCAUCCUCUCCGUCAAGAUCACCCUCAGCCUGGCCGCCAAGAUGUUUGGCUCGUCGCUCUCUCUCUGCCGCGACUCCUUCUUCUCGCCGCAGCUGCCAGAAGCGGAGGUGAAGCGCUAUCAGGCGCUGCUGCGGGACAGCAGCAAGAUCCCCCUCUUUGACCUGAGGAGCCUCAAUGCCUCGCUGCCUGUCGCCAAGCCGCCCGCGUUUUGCCCGCCUGUCAUGGUGCUGGGUGCUGCGGAUGAUGUUGUCGUGGACGACCAGGGCGUGAGGGAAACUGCAGAGUUCUUCAACACAUUGCCGGUGGUGCUGCCAUCCAUGCCGCAUGACAUCAUGCUGGACCUGGGAUGGAAGGAUGCUGCUGACGUCAUGCUGCAGUGGCUCGCAACCCAUGGGGCCAUCCCCAAGCAAUAGCCUCGGAGAAAUAAAGAGCAGCGUGUAUCUGCCUGCACCGUCUCUCGCAUUCAUUCAUCCCGUGCUCACAAGCACUCGUGCUGCUGUUUUCUCACACACACAGUCUGGCACUCUCCUUUGUUUGCUCCUCUCGUCUUGGUAUUAUUUCACCCAUGGUAUCUCUAACGCAGUAGUUGCUCAUACUCAUGGCUCAGCAGUACCUGCCAGAUUGCUUUUUUGUUGGGUCGAGGGUAUCAGAAAGAAUAAUUGAACUAGAAUGUGUGAGUACAAGGGUAUAUAGACUAGGGUG